AUGGGUGUUGUUCAUUAUAGAAACAAUAUCGAUCUCUUGGCACAAGCUGCUUCUGAAUUUACAGCACUUAUUGAAGUUUUUUUCAACAUGAUAAUUUGCAAAGUCCAAAGGAAGCGUUUACAAAAAAUUCUUCGCACAAUUGAUAAGUUUCAGAAAGAAGCAAACAUUAAAGAAAACAGACUAAUUGAAAAAUAUACGGAGAGAUAUUUUAAUUUUCAUAUAUUUCUUAGCACGUCUUUUCUUAUAACUGGUGUUGCAUUUUGUUGUUGUCCAAUUGUGACAACUACGUUACUGCCGGCCGAUGCUUGGUAUCCUUUUUCUGUAGAAGCUUUAUUAAUGCGGAUAUUUCUUUAUGUAGCACAAGUGCUUGCUAUAACACAAACAGCUCUGUGUGUUUGUGUAGAUUUCACAGUAGCAAUGAUUUUUUGGUACACAUCAGUACGUUUAGAGUUAUUACAACAAGAAUUUAGAACCACUUCCACUGAUCUUGACUACAGAAAUUGUAUUAUGAAGCAUCAAGAAUUAAUAGGGUUCUUUGAUGAAGCUUCUGAACUCAUUCGCUUAUUAAUCAUUAAAAGUACUUUUACUAUGACGAUCACUAUAGUGUUUUCGGCUUUCGAGUUACUAGGUCACGCAUCUCUAACGGUUAUAUUUAAAUCCAUUUUGAUGCUCCUCGGUGCAAGUUUAAGACUCUUCCUAACUUCUUGGACAGCCGACGAUUUAAAGAUUCAAAGUGAAAAAAUUGCUGACUCUAUAUAUGAAUCUUCGUGGAUUAAUAAAUCUUCUAAAAUACGGAGCUAUUUGUCGAUUGUGAUCAUUCGAAGUCAAAAACCAUUAGUGAUAUCUGCUGUAGGAAUUAUCGAUUCAUUUUCUUUGGAAUAUUAUUCGUUUUUUCUUGCAACAUCAGCAAAUUAUUUUUUCAGGGCGAGAGCUGUUAUGUCAGAGAAUUAAUUUUUGGUACUGACUGUAUAAUUAUAUAAAUAAUGAAUUUCUACGAAAUAAACAUUAUUUCAGUCUUCUUGCAUCCGGAACUUAAACAAAUAUAAAUU